AUGCUCUACAAGCCGCAGACGUCCAAGGGCGGGAAUCUCGGAGACCCGCAGCAACUGCAGCUCAGCGUCGCGAAGACCACACAGCUGGCGACCGACGGGGGGGCCAAGGGGCAAGACGAGAUCUCGCUCAUGGAGAAGACUCUGACGGCCACGACGGACCCCCUCCUAAGGAAGCUUCUCACCGACGAACUGCAGAAGAAGCGCGGGGCUCUCCGCCCCAUGUUGUCUCCUGAGGACCUGAUCAAGUAUGCCUCAAGAGCCUGGAAAGAUGCGACGGUUCGGCACGAUCAAGCAACGCAGGCAGUUCUCAAAACACGCGAAAACGUAGAGAAGGCACAUGCCAAGGAGAGGGAGACGUCGCUCAUCCUUACCCGCGCAGAGGAGGCGAAUAAGGUGGCGGCGACCUCCCUAGCCACGCAUAUGGGCGUGGCGCAGGCAGCGCCUGAGGCCACGCCGCCCGAUAAGGGGCUCGACUCGCUGGAACUGGUAGGCAACGAGAAGGAGAAACUGAAGGAGCUGGAGGCGCAGCUCCGCGAGACCAGGUCGUUGGUAGACGGCAAGCAUGCGGAA